CUUUCAAAACUUCAGAAGUCUACUUGCGGGUGUGUGUGUGUGGAGGGAGUAGGGAGGGUGGACUUACCCUGCAUACUUCUUCUGACAUUUAGAUACGCAAACGCACACACCCGAAUGUAACAGGAAAUCUAGCGCAAGCACACCCGCGCACUUGGACACACCUUGCGAGUCACAUGACCGAGUUGUGGGGUCCUGUGUCAUGCAGUCAGGUGUGGAGGAUAUAGAAGUGCAGUUACCUGUGUGACACCUGGCUUCCAAGCUUCUUCAACAUGGCGUCUGUGCGGCUUCUGUCCACAGUAGUCUUCACCGCUUGUAUAGGUGCGGCUUAUGGAGGUAGUACGUGUAGCUACUACAGCUCCAGCUACUUCGGCGGCUACAGCUACAUAUAUAAAUAUUGCACAUACGACUGCUGUGCCAGUGACUGCUGCACCUACACGUCGUCGGACACCGACAACACCUACAAGUCGACAACAAACACCUUCUACAGUGUCACUGUCUGGAUCAUCGUCGGAUGCGUCAUCGCUGGCGUUCUUACCAUCUCGCUGAUCAUCGCCUGCAUCUGCUGCUGCGUCAGAAGACGCGCGACACAGGGUCAAGUGAUUCAGUACAACGCCGCUGCCAACACGGGGCAGGUGUCUGUCGUCAGCUCAGUGAACCAGACGACAAGUGCCACUGCCACUCCCACAGCUCCCAGUUAUCCCUAUGCAGGGCAAUAUGGCGGACAGGUUGGCGGACAAUAUGGCGGACAGCCUGGUGGACAGUUCUGUGGACAGUCUGAUGGACAGCUUGGCGGACAGCUUGGUGGACAAUAUGGCGGACAGCCUGGAGGACAGUCUGAUGGACUGCUUGGAGGGCAGCCUGGCGGACAAUUUUGUGGACAAUAUGGCGGACAGUAUGGCGGACUGUUUGGUGGACAAUAUGGCGGACAGCCUGGCGAACAGUUUGGCGGACAGUAUGGAGCCCCAUACCCUGUACAGCCAUUAGCACCACCUUCAUAUGACAGUCUUCAGACCCAAGACGGCAACAAGGGGGAGACCAUCGUCUCACCUGUUGAAAACCCUUAGAACAGUCAUCUCCCCUUUCGUCAAAACGUCAUGUGACCUGUGACUCUGGGUUAUCCACGGUGAUUUUAUGUACAUCGGAAACGAUGACGACAUUGUCUGCAGACGAUUCAGAAAUAGGAAAGCUGAUUGGAAAGUCAAACUUUGUAUGACAGGUACAUGUUGUCAAGUUUUGUGUCAGUUACCUCCCACCUCCUGAAAAAGUUGAUGACUCGUUGUGAUGAGAAACAUUUCACUGACAAUAUUAUUUGACAAAAUCAAUCGCUUGAUGAUUAAUCCGAUUGUACCGGUGUUUACUGUUGUAUCAAAACUAAACUGUCAUCUGUUGUAAUGUUGACACUUGCGAGACAGACAGCGUCAGUGCCAGCACGCUGGAGUAAGAGUUGCCGGACCUGCUGACUGUCUCCCCAUCCUGCUGAAUAAAGUCUGUCUCCAUCACGUGUAUGUAAGGUUUGUUUGUUGCUCGCGUCGUCAACUUUCAUCGCUGGUCUGUGUGUACCCCGCACACUCCGGGUGGUCAAUGCUUUAUGGAUGUCAGCAGACGAGAGACAAAUGUUUAGUUCAGUCUGAGUCUUGACGAGUGGCUGUUGGUAAGUACACUGCAACACACCCAGCUGUUCACUGAACGAACUGACCGCAGCAUCCAUAAACAUUCUGCGCGCGCACACACACUGGAACACGCGCCCCAAGUGUCACGUGACAGGGGUCAGAGGUGGUCGCUGGGCAUAGUGGCUCGACUCAGGUGAGUGUGAGGCUUGUUCACAGUUGUUCACAGUGAGACCCUGUGGGACCUGCAGCUCAAGAUGGCGAGUGGACGGCUGGUGGCUGCCAUAGUGUGGACAGUGAGUGUCGGGCUAGUUGCUGGCGGUAGCUACUGCACCUUCACCAAAUACAGCGACUACUACCCGUACAACAGCUAUCAGUACCACACGUACUGUGCGUACGACUGCUGCUCAACUGACUGUUGCUCCGUGGACAGGUACACACCCGGCCUGACUAUCUCUGUAUGGAUCAUCGUCGUAAGCGUCAUCUCCAGCGUUGUCGUCAUCUCUCUCAUCAUCACCUGCAUCUGCUGCUGCAUCAGAAGACAAGCGACACAGGGUCACGUGAUUCAGUACACCACCACCGCCAGCACGGGGCAGGUGUCUGUCGUCAGCUCAGUGUCAGGGCUGAACAUGGCCAGCACCCAGUUCCACGGAGCCAGUGGAGGAGCGAAUGGUCUGCCGUAUGUGCUGCAGCCUGUGGGUCCCCCCUCCUACUACAGCCUGCAGCCCCCCGUCGGCAACAGGCAGGAGUCUGCGGCCUCGCCUCCCUGUCCGCCCGCUAGAACCUCCUAAACCAGCCACUUGGACAACUUUGGCAUCGAGAUGCCAGACUUUGAAUGAAAGAGAGAAAACUGUCAGUCUUUCACACAACGACCUAGCCUCAUGAUCCGACUUUUAGCCUGUUGCUACACGAGCAAACCUCUACACAGCAAAUAGGGUUUGUGGGACUGAUCAUGAUUAUGUUGUAUCGCAGUAUGCGUUUUAUUUGUUGUGAUUGAGAUCAUUAUUAAUAGUCUAUUUCGUGUGAUUGAGAUCAUCAUCAAUAGUCUCACAUCAAAGACUAGGUAACAGUUGUCUGAAUGUUACUUAGCCCUGUUAGUGAAAUCAGAGUCAGUCAGUAAUUCCACUCUCACUUCAGCUGACCUUUAUCAGUUUUGUGUGUCAACAUCUUGUCAGAUGAUCGUCACUAGAUGCUCAUUAGAUAACUCUCACUAUAUGUACAUGUAUAUCAUCAGUUGAUUGUACCUACGUGUGUAGCAGUUGAUCGUGCUACAUCUCUGAAUAUCUGAUCAGGAAAUGUUUGUCCGGUGACCGUGGCUACUUGCUUACAAAUUAUUUGUAAUUACCUUUAUUUACCUACAAAGAUUGAAAUCUCUUAAUGUAAAUAAACCAGUGUUGUAAAAGUG